AUGCGCCCCUUUGUUGCUCUGAGUGUUGGUGUCAGCCUCUGCACCACUGAGGACCGGCCGGUGAGCGACCGGGCCAGCGGGCAUCUGGGCGGCCUGGGCAGCUCCCCCUCACCCCGGGGUCCAGCCAAGGCAGACCGGACCGAAGCCGGCGAGGCCACGCAGGUCUCUGGGCUCACAGCCACAGCCGCCCCCAUGCCCCCAGGCGGUGGCGGCACCACGCUGGUGCGGACCCCAGAAGGAGCCCGCUGCUCCGCAGGUCCCCGCUCUGGGAAAGUGUGGCGAGCAGGGGCCGGCCGCCUCCCCGCCUCCACCGGCCCCGCUGUGCCCCGCAGCCGCACGCUGACGGCCGUGCACGACGCCAUCCUGGAGGACCUGGUGUUCCCCAGCGAGAUCGUGGGCAAGCGCAUCCGCGUGAAGCUGGACGGCAGCCGGCUCAUCAAGGUGCACCUGGACAAGGCGCAGCAGAACAACGUGGAGCACAAGGUGGAGACCUUCUCCGGCGUCUACAAGAAGCUCACGGGCAAGGACGUCAACUUCGAGUUCCCAGAGUUCCAGUUGUGAGGCAGUGACUGAAUAAAGCGGCUUCUGCUCAGG